CAUCACUCUCUUCUUCUCUUUCUUUUUUCUCUCUCUUUUCAAAGCAUCUAUGGUCUCAUGAAAUUAAUCAAGAUGAAACUGCUCCAUCGAAGGAAGUAGAAGCAUCAUUUUCUGGAAUUGCCCAUCUUACUUAAUACUUACCCUCAUUUAUAUCUUAUUAAGAAGAACCAGAGUUAUAAGUAUAUUGCCAUGGAAGUAGGAUCAUCAGAUCUUGCUGUAAAUAAAAGAUCAAAAAAUGUCCCUGAAACUAGCCUUGCUUUUGUUGAAUCCCUAACCUUUCCACCGGUUCAAGAAGUUGUCCUCUCAGCAGAUUUUCAGUGUAAAGACUGCCGUGAAAAAAUUGCUCACUUCAUAUCCAAAAUCAACGGGGAAACUGAGUCCAUUGUAGUAAGUGUGUUGGAUAAAAAGAUUACCCUUGUUUGCAAAUAUCCUAUUGGUAUCACUAAGGCGUCGAUAUUAGGGAGGUCCAGCCCCAUCGUUUCCUCGUGGAAGAAGCCCUUCAAUAAGGUCAAGAUGAUCAAACGUCUAUUUAAUUUUUCCACUUCAACCAACUAAUCGAGGUUAUAUAUAAUAGAAACAUAAUAACAUAAAUAAUUGUAUUAUCAUUAGAUUGUUUUCAGGUAAAUUUAAUUGAAGGUUUGGUUCAUAUACA